AUGCCUUCAAAGCUUUCCAAGGUAAUGAUUGCUGAAUACGAGCUACCCAUUACGGACAUUGAUACAUCUCCCCCUACGAUGUCUACCAGACUCUUGCUCAAUAAAAAAUUGCCGUCUAAGCCGAUUUGCCGCCUCGAAAACUCGCCUGAACGCCGAGGUUUACUUGACGCUACCGAUCUUAAUUCCUCUUCUUUGCAAUUCCCUAUUCUUCUGCCAAAAACCCCAGUCAAAUAUUCUACUGUCUCAGAACAAGUUUCCACAAAAUCACUGGCGCAAGACCUUGAUUCUGUUGUCACUAGACCAAUUUCACACAUUUGUGACGCUGGUUCUGAUUUUGAAACCAGAAUCGCUCAAAUCGGAACUGCUUACGAAGGCACGACGAUAUCGAAGGUCUCAACCCCCCUCAACGACGAAAAGAUGACCUUACCAACAGUCCGACAGAACAAUUCAAGCCUGAAGCGAAUACAACAUAGCCAAUCCAAGCUUACGGGUGCUGCUGACUCUACCCAAACAAAGAGUUUUCAUCUCGGUGUUCCAAACAGCAAUGAUCGUCUUACGCCCGAAAGCUAUCUUGCCUCCCUCCAAAGUAAUGGUAGUCCAGUACCGAAAAAACGACGCCAUGCCCGAUCUAGCUUAGGUAAUGGCGAAGGUAGCAAGUCCGUCGACAACAUUUUGUCUCGCCAUUCAGAACAGGAAAAUCGUUUAUCUUUUGAAGGUGAUAAUGAGAAGGCUUUAUUUGGACCUCUUAUUCAAAUUAAUGACGACAACGUCAAAUUGCGUGAUAAUCAAACCGAAGGUGCCACCGAUGGUCCAAAACAAGCUGAUAGUCAUGGAGAUUCCGAAGAUUCCGCCGAAGGUGUCGCCGAGGAUGCUACUCAAGAGGUCACCCAAGAUGCCACCGAUGGUCAAACACGACUUGCUGAACAAGAAGUUCCUACCAAGGAUGUCGUUCAAGGCGUUGCCGACAUUGCAGACAGUUCAUCUCAAGUUGCUACAAACAAUGCUAUCCUUGCCGUUGCCCACAGUGGCUCAAUGGGUCGUUCGGAGAGUCAAACUACCAUAGGUAGACGGAAUAAGAUGGUUCCGCCUCCAUCCAAGCGGUUUGCUAGAGAUGCCGAUAGAACCAUCUUGGGUAGAUCACCACCUGCCCGUACAUACAUGGAGCAGCCUAUUGAAGAAGUCGAAGAUUCGAACACUAGUCGUCGAAAUAUGACCAGCGGUGUCUCCUCAACAAAGCCGAAAGGAUUCAAGCGUGUACUUGCCGCUCGUGCUAGUACUUCAACCAUACAAAGCGGAAAUAUAGCUGUUCCUAACGAUAACAACGGUGCGAAGUCAAAUUUUGCACGAAGACUGUCAUCAUUACCAGACUCUCCAGAGAAUCAAACCCUCAAACCCGUUACCGUCGAGAAGAGACUCUCAUUUACUGAGCGUCUCACUAAACCAACCGCAUCUUCUGCAGCUCGUGCUAAUGCCCGCAAGUCAGUCCCCGCUCAAAAGUCAAACACGAUGGCUUCUGUUAAGAACGCAGGAAGAGGUCUUAAGAGCCGACUCUCUGGCAUGAUCCGCACCCGCCGUGCUUCGGAGGUAGUUGGCCUCGUCGAACCUGACGUUCACUCCUCUUCUAAUGCUACGGAACAGACUACAAUAUAUCAGGAUAUUCCCACUGUUGUCUUAGAGAAGACCCCCGAGAUUGCUCCAUUCGCAAAUGAUCGCGAUGUUGGCGAGGAGUUUGCUUCAUUUUACAGUAAAAUGGAGUCCCGCUCUGAUCAAUUUGGUCCAGCAGAACUACCUACAAGUCUUGUUGAGCCCAUCAACUCUCGAAUUAUCAGAACAGCCGAGGACACUUUUGAAACAGCCAAUGAGAAUAACAAAACAUACCAGCAGAUAAUCGAUCAUUCUACGUUGGUCGCACAAAGUCCUGAAAUAUCCGUACAACGCUCUGCGAUGUCUGAAGCAGAAGUCGAUGCCAUUUUUGAAACUCGAAAUGUAACACCUUCAGAUUCUGUUUUUGGAGACCGCAUCCGAAAAUUGUCAUUGGCCAACCUCCCUACACGUACGCCUCCAUUAGUUCCAGAAGACCACAGUCAAUCUCAAGUAGAUGGUGAAUAUGACGUUCAAAUUGCUGCUGAAGAUGGUUCUUCAGAUCCUCCACCAAACGAGCAAGGCAAUGGCGGCCACGCAGUCGAGCAACCUCAACAACAAACCUUCAACGACUCACUUGAUGAAAUCAAAGAUACACUAGUCAAGCUCCGAGCUGCUCUUCAAGAAGAACAAGAUCCAUACCAACAACUUGUUCUCAUAGGCUUUAGUGUACAUCUGACAUCCCUGGUCCAGUCCAUUAAUAACAACCGCAAACUUCUUGUAUUCCUAAAGAGAGCUAAUGAUGCAAUGUGGGUAAAUGCUUCAGUUGAGUCUUUAGAGGCUCGGAAAACUCUCCAUUAUUUGGCUAGAAGAGUAACCGCUAAUGGCAAUACCUAA